CUGGCUGGGCCGCCGCUUUACUCCCAAGCAAUACCUGCAAUCGAGGUUUCCUCCCCAGGACAUAGCAGCCUGUGAGCAUGGCUCAAGCGUUUGUGAACAGCAAAAUCCAGCCUGGGAAGGUAGUUGUGUUCAUCAAGCCCACCUGCCCCUACAGCAGAAGGGCCCAAGAGCUCCUCAGCCAGUUGCCCUUCAAGCAAGGGCUUUUGGAAUUUGUCGAUAUCACAGCCCGCGGUGACACCAACGAGAUUCAAGACUGUUUGCAACAACUCACAGGAGCCAGAACGGUACCUCGGGUCUUCAUCGGUCAAGACUGCAUAGGUGGAUGCACUGAACUAGUAAAUAUGCAUGUGAAAGGGGAGCUGUUGACAUGGCUAAAGCAAACUGGAGCUCUACAAUAAUUAUAGAGCAGACCCCAGGCUGAUAUCCCCCGUGAGAGCUGGAUGGCAUUGCAGAUAAUGACAGCACUUCCUGGUGGAUGGACCUGGGGCUACGUUUACCCAGCUACAGCAACUGUUUACUUAAAAGUUUGAAAUAUGUUAACGCAAAUAAAGUGGGUGGGGGGCAUUUUGGGGGCAAAAACAGCUUUUUCUUCUUUUGACUCAGCAUUAAAAGGGGACCAACUUGCCCAGAACAACAGGUCUGAGAAGUUCGAUGGAUGUCUCGGGUUUCUUGUGGAUUGGCCCUUUGGUUUCCAAAAAGACAAGAUAUGCUUAGGAUUCACUCACUGACCCAAAAGAUGUUCCUUGUCUUUGGCACGUGUUCCUUACUACGUGUUCUCCACAUGCUGGGGCUCCUCUACCUCAACACCAGUGUUUCUCAACCAAGUAUAUCCCAGACCUCCUGGGUUGAAUCUAUAGUUGGUUUUCUGCUACUGUCCAAAGAUUAUUUUGUUGAGUUUGACUUUAUAGAAUUUGUAUUAUGAAAUCAAUAGAUAUUUUGAAUCUACUUUUUCAAAGGGUGUCUCCCUAGCCACCAUCCCCACCCCACCUCCUACCCCCUCCUACUGUGAGAAUCACUGCCGUGAACCAGUGUUCUGAACCGUGACAACUCAUAGAUCUCACAGGAAAUAUUCAGCAAUUCCGUGAAGGGUCUGAGCACGCAGUCUGAGAGAUGCCACUGAAAAGUUAAGCACGGUUGGUCUUCAUUUUGGGCCACAGGGAUCAGAGGUAUAAAUGCAGAUGCUAUGAUCACAUGGCAACACUGUUACAUAAGAUGGUUGUCCAGGGAAUCCUGAACAAGUGUGUAUUAAUUUGUUUAUAAACAAAAGUAAAACAUAAAAUUUUAAAUGUUACAUAGAAAACUUGUAUCCCCACCUCCAAGAAUAUGUCUGUGAAAGUAGCCAAAUUUGGGAAACUCUGUUCUAAAUGAUUUUCUCUCUCUCCUUUCUUUCCCCCUCACUCUAUGAAAACUUAAGAAUUCCUUAUUGUGAAGGCUGUUCUAGAAUUGCAAGAUUAAGUUAAUUUCCCUCUGGAGUCUCUAGUAUGAAUGGUUAAUUUCUUCUCUAAUAAAGAAGUACCCAUGG